UAAAAUAUAAUAAAAUCAAACACAUAAUAAAAUAAAAUAAAAAUAUAAAACUUCCACCUGUGGAUGAACCAGAAAUGUUGAACAUCGGACAUUUUAAGUUGACGCACCCGGGCAUAAACCCCCGGAAGUAGGUGCGUCGUUGUUUUCCUUCCCCGGAGAGUUCACCAUGAAGGAAUCGAACCUGUGUCUCCCGGUGAGCGUCGCGGCUCUGCUCCAGGCGGCCCUGCAGGAGGACGCCGCCGCCGCCCGGGACGACGGCCUGUGUGUGGUCGGUAUCUUCGGUAAGAGCUGCCUCCAGUCCGGCCCCCCCAAAGAGUCCCUCACCAACUCCCUGACGGACAAACACAUCUUCUCCCUGUUCGGGUCCACGGAGGCCGGGUCCACGGAGGCCGGGUCCACGGAGGCCGGGUCCGCAGACAGCCACAUCCAGGCGCUGUACAGCCAGGAGAACCGGGUCCUGUACCUGCUGCUGUCCUCCGUGGCCGACAGCCGGCAGCUGCUGCGGGCCUGCCGCUCCCUGAGCGCCGCGGACGGACACUCGGACGCGCACGACUUCUGGAAGAACCUGGACCGACAGCACUGCCUGCACCUGCUCUACCUGUUCUCCGUGUGCCACGUGCUCCUGCUCGUGCACCCGAACCACACCUUCGAUGUGGCCUACGACCGGUUGUUCCGAGCCCUGGACGCCCUGAGGCAGAAGGUGCUGCCUCUGAUCCGGGCCGCCAUCAAAGACUGUCCGGUGUCCAAAGAGUGGAAGGUGAACUGUCGACCCUGCCCCCCCAGACUGCUCUUCGUCUUCCAGAUGAACGGAUCUAUGAAGAUUUCUGGGAACGGUUCCGACUCCGGAGGAAACCCCGACAAACCCAAGAAGCACUCCCCCAGGAGGAGGCUGCAGCACGCCCUGGAGGACCAGAUCUAUCGGAUCUUCCGUAAGAGCCGCGUCCUCACCAACCAGAGCAGCAACUGCUUGUUCACCGUGCCCGCCAACCAGGCGUUCGUGUACGUGAUCCCGACGAUGGAGGAGGACCCCGUGGGCGCCUUGCUGGGUCAGCUGCGGUCCAACUGCGUCCUCUGCGAGCAGGACACCACCGUGCCGGUGUCGGGGCCGAGGCGUUACCAGCAGAUGAGACGUUCGGCUCGGCAGUCCGGCUUCGACUGCGGCGGCCUGUCGAUGGGCGGUCAGCUGGUGGACUGCAGCCUGAAGGAGUUCCUCUGGCAGCACGUAGAACUGGUCCUGACCAAGAAGGGCUUCGACGACAGCGUCGGACGCAACCCGCAGCCGUCGCACUUUGAGCUGCCGACCUACUCCAAGUGGGUCCAGGUCGCCGCCAGACUCCACCAAGUCCUAAUUACCAACACGGAGGAGGAAACCGCUGAGCUGGCCACCAAAGUGCAAGGCCAGCUGAAGGUUUUGGAGGGUUUUCUCGAUGCGGACACAAAGUUCUCAGAGAACCGGUGCCAGAAAGCUCUGCCGCUGGCUCACAGCGCGUACCAGUCCAACCUUCCCCACAACUACACCACCACGGUGCACAAGAACCAGCUGGCUCAGGCUCUGCGCGUGUACAGCCAGCACGCCCGGGGGGUGGCGUUCCAGCGCUACGCUCUGCAGCUGCACGAGGACUGCUACAAGUUCUGGAGCAACGGGCACCAGCUGUGUGAGGAGAGGAGCCUCACUGACCAACACUGUGUGCACAAGUUCCACCUGCUGCCUCAACCAGGAGAGAAGCCGGACGUGGACCGCAACCCGCCCGUCCUGAACCACAACAGCAGGGGGCGCUCCACCAGCUCCUGUAACUGCGGCAGGAAACAGGCUCCUCGUGAGGAUCCGUUUGACAUCCAGGCUGCCAAUUAUGAAUUCUUCCAGAUGCUGGAGGAGAAAUGCUGCGGGAAGCUGGAGAGGAUCGACUUUCCGGUGUUCCAGCCCAGCACUCCCGACCCGGCGCCGGCCUCCAACCAAGCUCAGCGGCUCCCAUCUGAGGCGUCGGGGUCUGGUGAGGCCGAGAGGCUGAAGGAGCCGAGCACCGCCCAGAGCCACACGCCCGGAGACACCAGCCUCAGCCUGGCUCUCAGUCUGGGCCAGUCCACGGACAGCCUGGGGCCCUACGCGGACGGAGACGGAACCGAAACCCAAGUCCAGCAAAAGAGACCGAGCCUCGUAGACCGCCAGCCCUCCACUGUGGAGUACCUCCCGGGUAUGAUGCACUCCGGCUGCCCCAAGGGCCUCUUGCCAAAGUUCUCCAGCUGGUCUCUGGUCAAACUGGGCCCGGCCAAGUCGUACAACUGCCACACCGGCCUGGAACAGCCGGGCUUCCUACCCGGCUCCUCCUUCCUCCUGCCGUGGGACUUGGUGAUCCGCUCCCGGUCGGAGGAGGACGCGGGGCUGACGGAGCCGCUGGACGGAGGCACCUCCUCGUGGCCAGCGCCCAACAAGAACCUGGUGGGGAAGCGAGGGAGCACCGGAGGGCUCGGUAGGAGCCGCAGGAGGGACGACAUGGCUCGGGUCUUUGUAGGGUUUGAGUAUGAAGACAGCAGAGGAAGACGCUUCAUCAGCUGCGGGCCGGAUAAGAUAGUGAAGGUUCUGGGGCCAGGCGGCGCCAAAGACUCCGCCACCCGGGUGCUGAACACCGACAUGCCGCUGUACAUCCCCUCCCCCUCGCAGGGCCGCAGCCUGAAGCCUCACUUCGCCCAGCUGGCUCGCCUUUACGUCGUGGUGCCUGACGCCCCGCUGGAGGUCACCCUCAACCCACAGGUGCAGCCCGGUCUUCCUCCCUGCCCGGUCUUCCACCCGGAGAAGACCGAUUUAGUGUUGCCGGCUGACGGCCUUUGGGUGCUGCGGUUCCCGUAUUCCUACGCCACGGACCGCGGCCCCUGCUACCCCCCCAAAGAGAACCAACCGCUCAACAACUACAAGGUCCUGCGAGGCAUCUUGAAGGCCACCACCGCCAACCCCCCGCCGCAGUGAACAGUGCGAAGGACUUCCUGGACCCUUAUUCUCUUAUUUAUUUACAUUUUGUUUUGUCAGUCGAACCCAAAACCUUUCAGACCGGCCCCCGACCGACACUUUGCUCCAUGAUAAUGACGUUCAGGGUUCCUGGAAUACCUGGAAAUUAAUUAAAAUGACCAAACAUCCUGGAAAUGAAUCACUUUGUUUUGUUGUUGUGGUUGAUAAUUGUUAAUCAGGAACUCUUAAACUACUUUCUGACUUUAUUUUAAUGACCUGAAGGGUAAGAAGAUUAAUUUUCUGUAAAAUAAAGUUAAUUCUAUUUGAUUUGAGCUGUUAAAUGUGCGACCAGAGAACCACGAAAACCCAUAAAUGACCACCACUGUGAGCCGGAGCUGUCCUGUAUUGUCAGAAAAAGGAGAAAAAACUCCUGGAAGGUCCUGGAAAGGUCUUGGAACGGUCCUGGAGAAUGAUUUCUUAAUGAAAGUGGGAACCCUGACAUCCUAUAACAACCUCCAAUCUUUACAUUUUUAGCUCUGGAAGUGAUACAAUCAUCCGUUUUGGCUUCAGUUCUAACAUUUGUGAGGCUUCAUAAGUUCUUAUCAGAUGGUCCAACAGCUUCACACCCCCCCCCCCACACACACACACACACACACACACACACACACACACACACACACACACACACACACACACACAACUUUCCGAUGUCAGUUUCUUUUUCCGAAAACCAACAAUCUGACUUUCACGCCCACUCCUCAACGUGAUUGGCCAGCUGUGCGGAGGCGAGGGAAGCGAGCAGGAUGUGAACUUCUCUUCAACUCUCCAGACAAAUAUUUCUGUCACUUUUAAACAAACUAGUGCGAAACGCUGAACGUCUGCCAGCAGAGAAACUGAUCCAGGAGCACUUUAAAUCCCCGUUAGACAUUUAUAUAGACUUUAAUAAAUGGUUUUUAACACACUGGAAUGUAUUUGUAUGACGAUUUCUAUUCUGUGUUCAUAUGAUGGAGACAAAUAAGGUGAUUUAUUUACUUCAACAGACGUUAAAACUUCCUCUUUUCUGUUUUCAUUUUCAAAACCAACAUUUUGAUGUUAAGCUUCCUGAUUCUUUAACUGCUGACUUUGAGAUACAAAGUCAUUAUUUUGAGCAUGUUUUCUCGUUAUAAUAGUGAUAAUGAAAUUGGUUUAUUCCACAUGAAAGAAAAUCCUCCAGGUGGAUGUUUAGACAAUGUGAGUUACACUGUUUGUCCACCAGGUGGAGUUGGACUCCUACAAAGAGAUUAUUGAACUGUUUUAUUCCCUAUAAUAAAGGUUAUUGUGUCAGAAUUA